AAAUUCGUUAUAAUACAUACUGCAUGUCCAACAUCAAAACUGGGUAAAAAUAGUGUGCCCGCCUAUAUAAUGGGCUUGUGAAAACCCUUGAACCCACCAACAAGGCCGUGUCUUCCUUGAGUUGCAUACCCAUUGCUGAUUAAACUAGAAUAAGAAUACGAGCUUAAGCUGUAAGGAGCGUGUAACCUGUUGAGCGACUUCCGGCAACAUCCAUUCCUUGCCUACCCUAAUAGGUUUGCAGCAGGAUCAGCAUGAGUUUUCAGGACCUUGCUAAGUAUGGAGGACGCGAGUUAUCCAGCUACCAGAACCAGGCCACGCGCGAGGUUGAAGGCCUGGUAUUCAAGCUCGUCAGCAGCGUUUCCCAGCUGCGCAAGCUUGUAGACUUGCUCGGCACAGCUAAGGACACGGUGGACCACCGUCAUCGUAUUGGGGAAGCGAACGUGAAAAUCCAGGAGCUCGCCAAAACCAUCAAGGAAAAGCUCACGGAGCUGCACGACGCUGCCGCACCGAGCGGCGCCGCCCCCGCCCCUGCACGGGGCCAACAGGGUGCUGCGGGUGCGGGUGCGGGCGCCCCAACGGGCCCCGCUCCCGCCCUCACAGCAGAGCAGCAGCACCAGCAGCAGUUGAAGGCCAAGCGGCUGCUUCAGGACUUUGCGGCCAUCCUGCAGGACUACAAGGCGCUCCAGCGAACUGCUGCCGAGCGGGAGGCGGCCUCGCUGCCGCGGCAACCAGCCAACGCGCGGAGGCCCCCCCAGGGGCUCCGAGGUGCGGCUGGGGAUGGCUCACUAGCGGUGCCGCUGCUGGGACCGGAUGGGGGCGUCGCCUCGUCCUCCUCGGGGGCUGCAGGUGGGGCGGAGGAUGACAUCGAGGCGGCGGUUCGGAAGCAGGCACAGCGGCAGGCGGAGGUGGCCUCCCUGGAGGACGGUGUCCGCUACCACGAGGCGCUCAUCAGCGAGCGGGACGCGGGCAUCGCGGAGAUCCAGCGCCAGAUCGGCGAGGUGAACGAGAUGUUCCAGGACCUGGCGGUGCUCAUAGCGGACCAGGGCGAGCAGUUGGAGACUGUGGACAGCUCCAUCACGCGGGUGGCGGAGCGGGUGCAGGAGGGGCAGCGGGAGCUGGUGACAGCCAGCAGGAGCAGUCGGGCGGCGAGGAACAAGUGCCUGUGGCUGUGGCUGGUGGCGGCGGUGGUGGUGUCGGUGCUGCUGAUCAUAUUGCUCACGUAGGGGGCUGGAG